CAACUUUUCAUCUUUUCUUUGCAUAUUUAUACCCGCAUCUUUUGUGAAUUUUGUUUAUGUGAACCCGCAUGUAAAUUUAUCAUCUUUUGAAACUCCUGCAUUUUGUUUGUAUAUGCGUAAACUUGUGUAAGUUUUGUGGGUAUUGCACACUUAGGUUUUGUAGUUUUGUAAAUAAAGGGGUAAUUUAUUGAACAUGCUACGUGUUAAUGGAGGAUUUCGGUUAACAGUAUUUUGAAGGUUUUGGGAAUUUAGGGUUUACAAAAAAAAGGAGUCGGGCUUGAUAAGAUAGUCCUUUACGAUCUUCGUCAAAUAGUCACUACACAACUCAAAGAUCUACAUGUUUCUUUCCUUGUCCUUAUUCUAAGAGCAACUCCAACCCAACAUUAUAAUGUUAGACCCUGUUAUUAUAAUGUAAUUUAUAGUGUAAAUCAACUCCAAUGCAACACUAAAAUGGUGUGAAACUUACACCAAAUAAAGUAUAUUUAGUGUAAUUUUUAGACAAAAUUUGAUGUCUUUCACAAUUCCAACAAUACCCUUGUUUUUGUUAACAAAACAAAUGUGUUACUUCAUGUCACAGAAAGAUUCCUUUUAGUGUAAAUUAUAGCGUCAAUGGGUUGGAAUGCAUUUUAUGAAUGAUGUGAUUUUGACACUAAUAGUAUAUUGGGUUGGAGAUGGUAAGUUUUAUUAAUUUUGUCCUAGAAUUGUCUGUGUGUCUUGAUUUGUUGAUUCUAAUAGCAACUAGAAGACCGCUACUUGAUUUAUAACUUUUGUAAUAAAUGGAUUGUCAAUGAAAUCUUCUGGUUUAUAACCAUGAAGGCACAUUCUUCGGGCCUAUGUUGGAUUGUCAGUAAUACUAUAUAUGUUGCUAGCUCCUCCCAACUGCUUAAUAAUUUAGUUUUAUAUGUUCAAAGAUAAUCUUUGACAUUAUCAAGGAACAAACAAUAUCGUGUCUUUCAACCCCCCACACCAUCCCCACCGCUCUAUUUUUUUGUAUUGGUGAAGUAGAACGGGAUAUUCAAUAUUUAGUCUUGAAUGACAUCAAAAAGAAAAACAAAAAGAUUUAGUCUUGAAUGGUAUAAUCAAGAUUUAUGUUGUGUUUGGCUGAUAUGGAAUGAAAUUUGAAAUUUUGAAUCAUAGAAUGGGCAGAAGUUCAAAAUUUUCAAAAUUGCAUUCGUUCUACAUUCAAUUCCUAAAAACCUACACUAGAGCUCAAACACACCAUUUUACUAAGGCAUGCCCCAUCCUCCAUCAUACCCAUUCUCUUCCCAAGUCCAAAUAAUCAUAUAAAAAUUUGAACUUCUUUUUUUUUUUUCCAAAAUCUUCCUUCCUACCUCCAUUCUCUCUUUUUUUUUUGUCAGAGCCUCCCUCCACUCUUUAGUUGAAAUUUAAUUCAAUCCAUUUCACAUUCCUUAACCAAACACGACAUUACUCUUAACUGGUCAAGUAGAUGUUAUGAUUAAGAGUAUGACUGAAUUGUUAACUUUAAUGCAAUGAUAAAGAUAUUGUAUAUUAGUUGCUUUUAAGAUUUUGGGAUAAGGUUGAACUCAUCAUUCUCUGGGCGAAACAUGUGCUAUAAUGGAUCGAACAAAGGGUUAUGAUUCCCCGAGCAUGAACUCACUUCAAAAACCUGUUCUCAGUUUAGAUUGCAUGGUGCAAUUCGUGAAUGAAGCCAGAAAUUCAUCUCACUAUGAUAGUUGGCCAUGCUCGAAGGCAUUGCUAACGCUAGAGGAAACAAAUGUGAUCACGGAAUCCAGUGAGCAUGCACGAAGAGCUUUCUGGAUUAACUUUUAUGUUGCUGGCUUUGCCGUCUGGUUAGGGACAAGAAGGCUACAAAAUGCACUCCGGUUGCCUUUUGCAGGAGAGAUCUUACCUUUUGGCAUGAUUCUUCAGCUGUCGCUCACAACCACAAGUGCUACAUAUGGCGGAUUAUUUGGAAUUGGACGCUCAUUUGGUUCAUCUUUUGAACAUAUUCUCAACCAGGAGGGAAGUCAGAUUCAAAUAGAGUUGGGAAAUGUAUUGGUGAGUUUUGUGGAAAAGUAUCCGGGGGCGAGUGAGAGUAUAAUGAAGCAGCACAUCUCCAAGCAUUUUUACCUGGAGAAAGUUUUUGAUGAUCUAUCCACAGAUCGGCCAAAACAGGUUUGGCGUUACAGGAAUUUCUUUGGAGAUGAUGCUUCUUCUUCGCAGAAAACAACUCAGAGUGGCUCCUACAGCGAGAAUACCAAUGUCGAACCCAAGCCAAUUAGUAAUGAGAGCAGUACUGAUGAUGAUACAAUGGCAGACCCUUUUGAUUGGAUUGUUCAUACCCCGGUCCCAGAAAGAGUCGAGGACAAUGAAAAAGCUGCUUCCUGCACCAUGUCACAUAGAAGACAUAAGCGCAGCCAUAAAAGAUCUCACCGUAGGCUAAUAAGCAGACGAGAAGCUUCAACAGAUAUGCGACAUGCUUUGGCCGACAAGGGCAUGGCAUCAAUCUAACAUCUUAACUCUUCCAUCACUAGAGUGCAGUCAUAGGUAUUCAGAUGCACAAUAGUGAUGUACUAAUUCUAGUUCAUUUGCGAAGGAGUUACAAAGUAUGCAACUCCUUCACAUUGAAACGCAUGAAAAGGUACCUAUAUUGUGACAACCUGGUAACUAGUCUUGUCAUUUGGAUCAAUAUAUAACG